AUGGAGUCCGUCCUUCAUGGUGUGCAGGACCUCGUGUUGAGGUGCCGCUCGCUCUUCCGAUCCCACGGCACGGUGAUCGUAGUGACUGGUGUGGCCUCGUUGCUGGCCUUAAAAGCUCUAAGGCUCAUGAGACACGUGCGACUGUUCAAGUUCCUUCCUAUCCUUGGUUUCAUCCCGAAGUCGUUGGAUCACCUUUUCCAUGCCGCAGAGAUUUACGCUGAUACUUACGGAGAUGUAUACUAUAUGAAAACUCUUGGAAGGGACAUUGUGGUAGUCUCUGAUCCUGAGCUCAUCCGUGAGGUCUUAAAUGCCCGUCCAAGGACCUACAUCAAACCCUUCAAUAAGCACAAGAUAAUGCCCAUGGAGGGAAUGUUCAAUACGGAAGGCGAGGCUUGGAAACGGAACAGACGAUUGGGUGCACCAGCCUUCAACGACAGUAACUCUAUGGCUAUGAUUCCAGACAUGUUCAAGAUCGCCUUGAGACUGAUACGCCAGUUGGAGCGCCUCAGUCAAGAUGGUCGCAUCGUUUGGCGGCCCGUAGAAUGGCUUCCCCUCUGCACUCUGGAUGUCUUAUGUGUCACGACUCUCGGGAAGGACUAUAAUUUUUUAAACCCAGAUGGACUGCCUCUAGGCCGCCAGUCUGGAGAGCUCCAGCUGGCGAUGGAUGAUUUGCUAGUCGGCUCCGGCUAUGCUUUACAACGUAGUGCCAUGCCGUGGAUUACACGGGACAGAUUCCCUUGGAACCUUAAUCCGAUGAUCAAAAAGGGGCCAAACAGCUGA